CCCUGACGCUUAUCACCAUCAGCACAUGUGUCAUUGCCAUUGUCUAUGCCACGCAGGAUUCCUGCCCCCUCUCUGUCAAGGUUACUCUCCAUGUGCCAGAGCACUUUGUCGCAGACGGAAGUAGUUUUGUGGUGAGCAUGGGCAGCUUCCUGGAUGUUUCAAAUUGGCUAAACCCAGCCAAGCUAACCCUGUACUAUCAAACCAACUCAUCCACACAGUGGGUCCAAGACUACUGUGGCCAGAGGACCACUGAGCCCUGUGAACAGAAUUGUGACCAGGACACAGGAGAAUGCAGCUGUCAUGAAGGUUAUUCCCCUGAUCCCGACCAUAAACACCUCUGUGUUCGGAGCGACUGGGGUCGCAACGAAGGUCCUUGGCCGUACGCUAACUUGGAGAAAGGCUAUGACCUAGUUACUGGAGAGCAGGCCCCAGAGAGGAUCUUCAGGUCAUUCUACAGUCUUGGUCAGGGCUUGUGGCUGCCAGUCAGCAAGAGCUUUGUGGUACCACCAGUGGAACUGUCAAUCAGUCCCAUCGCCAGCUGUAAGACAGACGUGUUGGUUACUGAAGAUCCAGCUGAGGUCAGGGAAGAGGCAAUGUUGUCUACAUACUUUGAAACAGUAGAUGAUUUGCUGGCAUCCUUCGGGCCUGUCCGUGAAUGCUCCAAAGAUAACGGAGGCUGCAAGAAGAAUUUCAAAUGUGUUCCUGACCGACAGUUGGACUCGUCUGGCUGCAUGUGUCCUGAGGGGCUCAGGCCAAUGAAGGAUGGCUCAGGUUGCUAUGACUACUCCAGGGGCAUCGACUGCACGGAUGGCUUCAAUGGAGGCUGUGAGCAGCUGUGUCUCCAGCAGCUCGUGCCCCUUGAGGCUGACCCCACUUCCAGCAAUGUGCUCAUGUUUUGCGGAUGUGUGCAGGAGUACAAACUGGCAGCGGAUGGGUGCUCCUGCCUCCUGCAGUCAGACAACUGCGAGGGACCAAAAUGCCCAAGGCAGAAUGUCCACUUCAAUGACACCCUGUUUGGUGAGAUGCUGCAUGGAUACAACAACAAAACCCAGCAAGUCAACUUGGGACAGAUAUUCCAAAUGACCUUCCGGGACAACAACUUCAUCAAGGACUUUCCCCAGUUAGCAGAUGGCCUCAUGGUCAUCCCCUUACCUGUGGAGGAGCAAUGUCGAGGGAUCUUGUCUGAGCCCCUGCCCAACCUGCAGCUCCUUACAGGAGACGCACAGUUCAGCGAGGCUGUGGGCUAUCCCAUGGUGCAACAGUGGAGAGUACGCAGCAACCUGUACAAAGUCAAACUCAGCUCGAUCACUUUAUCUGCAGGCUUUUCCAAAGUGUUGAAGACGCUGUCGGCAGAGAGCCCGAGGGAGGAGUUGCUGGCCUUCCUCCAGCAGUACGGCAGCCACUACGUGUCUGAGGCGCUGUAUGGAUCUGAACUCAGCUGCAGCAUCUACUUCCCCAGCAAGAAAGCCCAGCAGCAGCUCUGGCUGCAGUACCAGAAAGAGGCAACAGACCAAGGGCUGGCUGGAGGUGGGCGCCAUGAACUGAAGUCGGUCCCCUUCAUCAGCUACCUGUCGGCACUGCAGAAGAGCCAGCUGUUGUCUGACGACAUAGUGAACGGCGUGGAGAUUCGCUGCGAGGAGAAGGGCAGCUGUCCGGCGGGCUGCCACUUGUGCCAUCACCAGGCCAUGAUGGGAAGUGUGUCAGGAAGGGGCCGCGCUGGUAAUGGCAGGAGCGGAGAACAGCUUUCCCCCAUCCCUGUGCUGCUGGAGGUCAGCCGUGUGGUGCCACUUUACAGCCUGGUGCAGGACAACGUCACCAAAGAGGCCUUCAAGGGUGCCACGAUGAGUUCAUACUGGUGUGCUGGAAAGGGCGAUGUCAUUGAUAACUGGUGUCGCUGCGACCUCAAUGCUUUCAGCAAAGAUGGCCUGCCUAACUGCAGUCCCCUAAGGCAGCCAAUAUUACGCCUUGCCCCUUACCUGGAGCCGUCAAGCACGAUGGUGGCGCUGGAGUGGAUGGAUGUGGAGCCUUUAAUUGGCUGCAAGAUUUCUGAUUAUAUCAUUCAGCAUAAGAGAGUGGAGGAGCCUUCAGAGGCUGAUGUUUACAUAGGUGAGGUCCUGAGCUUGGUGGAUGAUCUGUUUUCUGGUCUGGGCUCAUCCUGUGUUGUUGCAGGAAAGAGAAAUGGAGACCAUCCACAUUCUGUACUAUAUUCAGUGGUCUUCAAGUGCCUGGAACCUGACAGCCUCUACAGGUUUACUCUCUAUGCAGUGGAUGGCCGAGGCAGUCACUCUGAGUCAAGCUUUGUCUCAGUGCAGACUUCCUGUCCAGUGGUGGACGACAGCCGAGCUGAAGAGAUCGCAGAUAAAGUGUACAACUUGUACAACGGCUACACCAGUGGCAAGGAGCAGCAGAUGGCCUACAAUAUGCUGAUGGAGAUUCCUCCUCCGCUGCUUUACAGAGUUCAGCACCAUUACAACUCCCACUAUGAGAAGUUUGGAGACUUCGUCUGGCGCAGUGAGGAUGAGCUCGGCCCCAGAAAAGCCAACCUGAUACUCCGAAGGGUGGAGAGGAUCAGCCACUACUGCCGAUCCCUGCUGCGUAGCACCCACAUCCAGAGCCGAACCGACACCACGGCAUACAUGUUCUGCCAGAGCGAAGACGCGCGGCCUCCCAGCAACACGUGGCACAGCUCUUUACAUGACACUCGUACGGCCUGCAUGGAAAAGUUGAUUUCUGUGCAGCGUAACACGUACAGCAACACCAAACUCCGGUGAGACAGCAGGUGCAUUCAUGACCAUUGAGCGAUAAACGCUGACAGUCCGCGCUGCAGCAGGUGUCUCUCAAGUGACUGGUGCAUUUUGAAAA